AUGGUCAAACUAAAGCUGCAAGGAGCGGCAGCACAAAUUGUUCCGGAACUCGUCGAACCCGUCGCACCGCCAGCUGAGGCACGCCCGCAGUUCGUCGCCGUACCAAUUGAAGAGCCGGCUGGUCAUUUGACUCAAAUGGAGCCGGCGCUGGACGACCCCUCCAACAUCGAUCGGCCUACAUACGCGUCCGUGGUGAAAUCGUGGCUGCAAGCUGACGACAGUCAAGGACCGGCACAAAUUGUUCCUGCGCUCGAACUCGCCGAACCCGUCACAUCGCCAGCUGGUACACGCCCGGAGUUCGUCGCCGUCCCAAUUGAACUGCCGGUCGCUUUCGGCCCCCAUGAUGCGACUCAAAUGGAGCCACCGCUAGUCCACGCCUCCAACAUCGAGCGGCCUUCAUACGCGGCCGUGGUCAAAUCGUGGCCGCAAGCUGACGACAGUCAAGGACCGGCACAAAUUGUUCCUGCGCUCGAACUCGCCGAACCCGUCGCAUCGCCAGCUGAUACACGCCCGGAGUUCGUCUCCGUCCCAAUUGAAGAGCCGGCUGGGUUCCGCCCACACGAUGAGAUUCAAAUGGAACCGGCGCUAGACAACGCCUCCAACAUCGAUCGGCCCUCAUACGCGGCGGUGGUCAAACUCAGGCUGCAAGGGCCGGAAGCACAAAUUGUUCCGGAACUCGCCGAGCACGUCGCACCGCCAGCUGAUGAACGCCCGCAGUUCGUCGCCGUGCCAAUUGAAGAGCCGGCUGGGUUCGGCCCCCAUGAUGAGCCUCAAAUGGAGCCGUCGCUAGACGACCCCUCCGGCACCGACACGUCUUCAUACGCGCCCGAGGAAGCGCAAAUUGUUGCUCCACGCGCCGAGCCCGUCGCCCGGCCAGCUCAGCCACGCCCGCAGGUCAUCGAAGUCGUUGAAGAGGUCGUUGAAGAGGAGCCGAUUGGGUUGCGCGCGAUUGAGGAUACUCGAAUGGAGCCGAUGCCGGAACGAGCCGCGGAGCCCGACCCAGAACCUGGUCAUCCGCCCAACGAGGGCGUGUCUGAUGAGGAAUCUGGCUCGUCCGGCUGGCAGCCUGACCCCGCGAAGAUAGCGUGGCACGCCAGCGAGAUGAGGCGUUUAUAUCCGUGCCUGUGCAAGGAUAUAACCGACGCCGAACUUCGUGAACGCCUAACCGCGAUUUCGAUCGCGGUCCAUGAGGGCCGAAAAGCCCAGCGAGCCGAGGCUGGGAAAGACCCGGGCCCAACUAAGAAUACGUGGGGGAACUGGUUACGCUGUUGUUGUCCGCGUUGGUGUAAGCGAAAACAGCAAAAAUCCGCGCCGCCAGCGGUACACCAGAAGCAGAUAAAGGCCGCCGCCGCCAGCAAGUCGCGAAUCCCGCCGCUGCACGACCAGCCGGUGAACUGCGAUGCCACUGAGAUAGCGAGGUACUGCACCUUGUCGUUUAUGUACCUGCGCCACAAACUACUCGAUCCGUGCACCCUCGCCCGCGAUGCCAAAUUGCAAGUGCUGAGCGAGACCCACAAGAACGCGGUCGCCUGGGGGUACUACGCCUACGGGAUGAUGGCCAGGAAGCAGCCCAACAUCGUCCAGAUGGACGGGGCGACGGUCAUCAUCGCCGAUUUGCAUGGAUCUCUUCCCCAAGCCAUCGUGGACCUGAUGAAAUACUACCAUGAUUGUAUCAAACAUCCCGGGUUGAAGCUUCUCGUGCUGGGUGAUGUGGUGGAUCGGGGUGCGGCCUCGCACGAGACGAUGCUCCUUUUCAUGUCCCUUGCCGUCCUCGAUCCCAAGAUAGUGAUCAUCCGAGGGAACCACGAAUCAGCCGACAUCAACGCCAAGUACGGCUUCCGCCAUGAGUCGUAUGCGCGCUUCGGCAACGACCUCGGCCACCAGAUCUACACGCACGCCAACUGGGCCUUCAGGCAAAUGCCGCUUGCCGCCGUCGUGCAGGGCCGCAUCUUUGCGAUGCAUGGCUUCAUCGACCCGGAUUCGAAGACGCUCGAAGAGUACAACAAAAUCGACCGGUUCUCCCGCGAGCGCCCCCGCGCCAUGACGUCGUUGAUGUGGAAUGACCCGCACACGGGUAUCAUCGGGUGCAAGCACAACGAGAGGCGUGGCGGUGCCUAUCAGGUCGGCCCGAAUGUUGUCUACCACUUCAUGGAAGGAAAUCAGUUCGACCUCAUCCUCCGUGGCCACCAGGCCCCAAUGGCUGGCCACGAGUGGUACAUGGGCAUCAGCGUGUGCACGUGCUUUGGCAAACCCGACUACGACCAGACGGGCAACUUCGGCUGCUACGUUCUUGUCGACGAGGAGAGCUGUGUCCAUUUCACGCUCUUUGCCGGCGACCUGUCGCAGCCCAUGCCAUCGGAGGAGUGCGUGAAGAAGAUGUACCGCACGGCCCAGCAUUUCACUGUCCACGGCGAUCAGACCAUGAAUGAGCAGUUGAUCCAGUUUCUGAAGACGCCAAAGACGUGGAUCAAAACCAUCUCGGACGCGAUCGGAUCCCGCAAGAAGAUCCACGAGGUCCUGAAGAAGUAUGGCGACCGGCCGGUGCCGCCCCUGCCCGCCGAACUGUGCCCGGACGACGUCGAUCACCGCUGC